UCUUCUACACACUUCCAGGAUCACCUUCUUCUUCGCACACCGCCUCAUUCCCCCUUAAAAACCCUCUUUUUCCUUCUUAUAGCGACACGUUAGCGACAAACACUAAAUCGUCUACAAAAACCGUCACUAAAUCUCUAAUUUUCCUACUUAAACACUAACAAUGGCAUCACAAAUCGUUUUCAAGAGAGGUACCACCGCCGUAGCAUCGUCUCUCUUUAACAAGCUUUUCAAUCCGAUUCGUUCUGUUUCCGUCGUUCCGUCCGUACAACGGAGCUUCAAUACUGAUUCUGCUCAGGUUUCUGCUUAUGAGGAUUUCAAUCGCAGCGUUGAAGAAGAUCGCCGUGCUGAUAACUCUGUUUCUCGCCGCCGUGACAAUGAUUUCUUCUCCGAUGUGUUUGAUCCAUUUGCUCCAACAAGAAACUUAAGCCAGGUUCUGAACAUGAUGGACCAAAUGAUGGACAGUCCAUUCAUGGCUGCAGCCAGCCGAGGAGGUGCUUUUGGGGCGAGGCGUGGAUGGGAUGCCAAGGAAGAUGAUAACACUCUGAGUCUCCGAUUUGAAAUGCCAGGGUUGGACAAGGACAAUGUGAAGAUUUCUGUGGAGCAGAACACUUUGGUGAUCAAAGGUGAGGCUGAGAAGGAGGCUGAGGAUGAAGAGCUGACCCGGAGGUACUCUACUAGACUCGAUUUGCCGGACAAUGUGUACAAGUUUGACGAGAUCAACGCCGAGAUGAAGAACGGUGUGUUGAAGGUGGUGGUUCCUAAGGUGAAACCAGAGGAGAGGAAGGAUGUUUUCCAGGUUCAGGUUAAUUAGAGGUCUAUGGUGGUUUUAGGUGGUUUUGACUCGUCUGUGAAUGAUAAUAAAGUAGAUUUUUGUGCUAAUUCGAGAUAUUAUGCCUAUCAGUUCUAGUUUUUGUAAAGUUUGGUCUCGAAACACUGUUUGAGCGCCUGUCUACAUUUUGGAGUUUAUUAAUUAAAAGUUAAUUAACUGGCUAA